AAAUGUAUGCAAAAUAAUCGAAUUAAGUGUUAAAAAUUAAGUGAUGUAUUCAUUAAAAAGUGAUCAAAAUGGACAUUGAAAGUUUACGACAGCGUUCAGUGUUAAUACCAGAAUUGUAUUUUUUAAUAACAAAGUUUUUAACGACUGGACCACUUAAACAAACAGCAAAGGUAUUACAGGAUGAAAUUGAAAAAUAUAAGAUUUUACCGAAGCGAUUAGAUUGGGAAGGAAAUGAACAUUUUCAGACUUUCGAGGAAUUGGAACAAAAAUUUCCUCAUAUAACUGCUGAACAUUUACUACAAAUAUGCAGUCGUAUUGGACCAAUAUUAGAUCGCGAGAUACCACCAAGCGUAAAAGGUGUUGUAUCUUUGUUAGGAGCAGGUCGUCAAUCAUUGUUGCGUACAGCCGAAAUCAAAUCAACACUCAGUCCAUUAGUAGAAUAUGGAAUACGAUGGAAAGGAAAGCCCCUUCUACAGCCCGUACACGCAAGAGAAAAAAAACAUAAUAUUGUUAAUGUUUUAUAUGGAAGAGAAUAUUCUGGACCAACCAGCAGAAACUAUUUAAUAUCACCGAAUUUAUUUUCGAAACAACAAUUGUUAAGACGAACAUUGGGUCAUUUAUCGGCUGUUUAUUGUCUGUUAUUUGAUAGAACGGGCCUGUAUAUUAUUACAGGUGCUGAUGAUUUACUUGUAAAAUUAUGGAGUACAGUGGAUGGUCGUUUAUUGAACACAUUUCGUGGAGCAUCGGCUGAAAUCACAGAUAUUGAUAUUAAUUUUGAAAAUAGUUUAUUAGCUGCAGGCUCACUCGAUCGAUUAUUACGUGUAUGGGAUUUACAAACAGGCGCACCAGUAGCUGUAUUAUCAGGACAUACUGGUAUGAUCACAUCGGUGAAUUUUUGUCCAUCACCACGAUGGGAUUUACGUUAUUUAAUUACGACCAGCACCGAUGGAUCUGUAGCAUUUUGGACGUAUUCAUAUAGUAAAGGAAACAAAGCAUCUUUUAUGUCUAAACCAUUACAAUAUCAUGAACGUAUGCGUCCGGGACAAGCACAAAUGAUUUGUGCAUCAUUUUCACCUGGUGGAAUGUUCCUAGCCGCUGGAUCUGCUGAUCAUCAUGUACGCGUGUAUUUAAUGCAUGGUGAUGAAGGUCCACAUCGAAUAUUAGAGCUUGAGGCACAUAGUGAUACAGUUGAUUCGAUACAAUGGGCACAUCAUGGGCUGAGAUUCGUUUCUGGUAGUAAAGAUGGGACAGCUCAUGUUUGGCAUUUUGAAACACAGCAAUGGAAGAGUCAUCAAUUACUUAUGAAUACACGUUUACCGGGGACUCCACCAUCCGAAGAAGAAAAUAAAAAGUUAAAAGUAACAAUGGUCUCAUGGGAUUGCUCUGAUACGUGGGUAAUAACAGCCGUUAAUGAUCAUACGUUAAAAGUAUGGAAUGCGGAUACAGGAAAAUUAACAAAAGUAUUAACGGGACAUCAUGAUGAAGUUUAUGUAUUGGAAUCACAUCCGUUAGAUACAAAUAUAUUACUGUCAGCGGGUCAUGAUGGUCAAAUAUUUAUAUGGGAUAUAGAAAAAGGUGGUCCAUUAGCGAAAUUUAUAAACACAAUUGAAGGUCAAGGUCAUGGCGCUGUGUUUGAUGCAAAAUGGUCACCAGAUGGUAAUUCAAUUGCAGCUACAGAUUCACAUGGUCAUAUUUUAAUGUUUGGUUUUGGAUCAAAUGAACGGAUGAAAAGUUUACCCAAAGAAUUAUUCUUCCAUACCGAUUACAGACCAUUAAUGCGUGAUGCCCAACAUUGGGUAUUAGAUGAACAAACUCAAACGGCUCCACAUUUAAUGCCACCACCAUUUUUGGUCGAUGUUGAAGGCAAUCCUUAUCCACCAUACUUGCAACGAUUAGUCCCAGGGCGGGAACAUUGUCCAGGUGAACAGUUAAUACCAAACAUUGCAUUUGGUGAUGGUGGUGCACAGGAAGUUAUCGAAGGAAUACCUGCACAAGAACCGAGAUCUGAUUUAGAUUUAAUGAUUGCCGCCCUCGCUCAAAGGCAAUACGGAGAAGCAGGUGAUAUGAAUGGAGAUCAAGAUAAUGGAAGUGGGAUUUUUAAUCGUCAUAUGAACUCACCACGAGAUCAGAGGUAUCGUGUGGGUAUGCGAAGACAUGGUGAUGUUGAGGGCGUUCGUCAAAGCAGUGGAAAUUGGCAACAUGAUGGAAAUAUAAAAUGGGGACGGCGAUUAUUAGUGAAACCGUUGUCGAUGUAUGCACUGGAGAAUGCUAAACAGAAAGUAGCCGCAACUGGUGUUAUAGAAAUGGAAAUGUAUAGACGUGAGAUGAGACGGCGACCUGUAAUGAUUAGUACAGCAGCUAUUGUGCCAGGCACGAAAUUAGGACGGACUAGAGGGGCAAGACGAAACCGUCAAGCACCAGCAUAUCGUACACGAGCAGCACGAUCUGAACAAAUUGAAGAGGAGGUCGUUAAUCCUCCAAGUAUAUCCGGUGAUAGUCCUAGUGAUUCAGAUAACAGUGAACGUGAUUCAACUGCUCGUGAAGAAGAUUUACAAUCAAGUGGUAGUAGUUCAUCUGACUCAGAGAGUUCUGGAUAUUCAGAUUGGGUUGCCGAUCAUGGUGAGACCCUUGAACCACCGAAACGUUCGAAACGGAAACCAGUUAAAAAGCGACCAUUAACCCCACCAAGUGAUACCGAUAAAAAACGACCGGCACGUAAAAAGAAAGUUGCGAAAAUACCACAGCAAUUAAUUGAAGUUCCUGAAGCAUUCCGUCCACCAGAGUGGCUUAGUGAAACAAUACCGAGAAAAGCACCGUAUUAUCCUCAAAUGGGUGAUGAAGUUAUGUAUUUUAGACAGGGUCAUCAAUUAUAUUUAGAUGCAGUGCGUGCGAAAAAUUUAUACGAAAUAGGACCGCGCAGUGAGCCAUGGCUAAAAACAAAUUUACGAGCUGGUGAAUUAGUGAAAGUGGUUGGUAUUAAAUAUGAAAUACGACCACCACGUUUGUGUUGUUUAAAAUUAGCGUUAAUGGAUCCCGGUCGACAAUUGACUGGUGAAAUGUUCACAAUAAAAUAUCAUGAUAUGGCUGAUGUUUUGGAUUUUUUUGUAUUGAAGCAAACGUAUGAUACGGCCAUGGCACGUAAUUGGGAACCAACAAAUCGAUUUCGUUGUAUGAUCGAUGAUGGCUGGUGGCUGGGAACAAUUGAAUCACAAAAUCCAAUUAAUGAUUCAUUUCCCGAUUCACCGUUUAUGUGCUUUCGUGUACGAUGGGAUAAUGGUGAAUAUGAACAUAUGAGUCCCUGGGAUUUGGAACCUGUUAAUGAAGAUCGAAUGCCCGAUACAGUUGGUGGAGCAGUUCCUGUGUUACCAGAAGAAAUUCAAGCAAUUUUAUAUCAACCAUUAAAUGAAGAAUGGCCUGGAGGUGAUCGUGAAGCCACAUGUCGUCGUAUUAUUGGUGGUUUGGAUCAAGUAAUGGGAUUGGCAAUUGCGGAACCAUUCUCCGCACCAGUCGAUUUAAAUCAUUAUCCAAGUUAUGCAUUCGUUGUUGAAUAUCCAAUUGAUUUGACAACGAUAAAAGCACGAUUUGAAAAUCAUUUUUAUCGACGUAUUACAUCCGCUCAAUUCGAUGUACGUUAUUUAGCAACAAAUGCAGAGAAAUUUAAUGAACCACAUAGUCAAAUCGUUAAGCAAGCUCGAAUUGUUACCGAUUUAUGUUUAAGAAUUAUCAAGGAUAGAAAUUCAAUCGAUGUUGGUGCCGUUUAUCACCAAUUAGUCGAUACCUACAUAUCAUCUGAAUCAGAUGAAGAAAAAGCUGAUGCAAAUGCCACUGUAAAUAGUAACGAACCGUCUACGAGCGGAUUAUCGAAAUCAUCACGAAUGCGACGUAGCAAACGUUUAGAUCAACCAUCUGAUUGGCGAAAAGAAGCACUUUCAUUAUUGGAAUCCUUAUGGCAAUGUGAAGAUUCAACGCCAUUUAGAACACCUGUUGAUACAAUGGAACAUCCAGAUUAUCAUCAGUUAAUUGAUACACCAAUGGAUCUUGGAACAGUCAAAGAGGAUUUAUUGGGUGGUAAUUACGAUUCACCAAUUGGAUUUUGCAAGGAUAUGCGAUUAAUAUUUCAAAAUUCAAGGAAUUAUAACACAAAUAAAAGAUCUAGGGCGGACGACUUUAUGAUAUAUUCAAUGACAAUACGACUGUCAGCAAUGUUUGAAGAACACGCACGUCGAUUAAUAUACAAUUGGAAAGCAGCGCGUAGACGAAGCAACCCAUCACGGCGGAAAACAACACAAGCAGCAAACACACCGUCUAAAAUGAACACACGUUAUAAUGGGGCUGGACCAUCAAAAAUGCGUGAUCUAACCACCAGCGAAGAAGAGGACGACGAUGAUGAUAGGCGAGGCACAUCAUCUUCACGUACUAAAGUGAACGGUACUUCAAAUCACGUACAAUCGAAUAGUACGAGCAGCACAUAUUCAAAUACACGUACAACAGCAAAUGGUGGACCUACUGCCAGACCCUCAAUCAAAUUACGGAUCUCAAAUAGACUACAAAACAAUUCAUUGGACCAAAGUGAUAGUGAACUUGAUGAUGAAGACAAUAUUGAAAAUUCUGAUAGUGAGGAAAGCAGUGAAUCAAGUGAUAGUAGUGAAACAAAUAGUGAUAACACACCAAUUGCAUCGUUACGUAAAUCGAAUAAUAAAGUAACGCAACCAAGGCGACGUGGCCGAAUACCAAAGAAACAACGUAGUGAUUCUGAAGAUAGUUACAAACCAAAUAAAACAAAAGGUAAAGCGUUAGUGAAUAAAAAAACACGAUUUAAAAAUCGUCCAACACGAAAAAAGCGUACAAAAUAUAAUGAUUCGGAUGACGAAGAUUCAUCGGAGAAAGUUCCGAAGAAACGUGGUCGUAAAAAGAAAUUUAUUAAAUCGGAUGAUGAAGAUGAGGAUUAUACAGAUGAUGAAGAAAUUCGUAAACGUGGUAAACGGAAAAAGUAUGAAAGUGAUUCGGAAUUUGAGCUCAAACCUAAACGAUCUGCCAAGAAAGCUAAAAAAGUUGAGGAAACACGAAACGAUGAUGAGUCAUUCGAAGAGGAAUGGUUGGAUAGUAAUAGUCAGGAAUCAAAACGAAGUAGUCGAGACAAUGAACGAGUGACUCGAUCUCAGAAAAAUGUAUCAAGUAUUGAUGAAUCCAGUCAAAGUAGUUUUAUUCGGCGACCGCGUCGUGCCAAAACAAAAACAUUAAACCACGAUUAUAACGAAAAUGAUGACGAUGACGAAAACGAUGAUCUACCACUUGUAAAUAAUUCACAACGACGUCCAGUUCGAACUCGGCAGCCCUUAUACGAAGAAUCAAAAUCCGAAAGUGAUGGAGGAUCAAAAUCGGAAGAUGAUGACCAAGCGGAUGAAGAAAAUGUACAAAACGAUAACAGCAAUGUUAGUGAUCCUUUAGUUGAUGAAGAAUCUGAUUCAAAACAAUCGUCAAUCGAUGAUCGAUUAAAUAACGAUCAAGAUGAUGAAGAUGAUACAUCGGAUCCAUUAGAGCACGCAAUCGAACCAAUAAUCGAUGAACCGCGUAAGCGACGCUAUCAGGAAAGUAGUAGUGAAAGUGAAACAUUACGAACUGUUCGACCUCGUCGUGGUAACAAACGCUUUAACUAUGGUGAGAACUCUGAUGAUGAUAGUGAUGUGGGGGAUAUUGGGACACGAACUCGGGGUCAGGAUAAACGAAAUAAUUUUUCCGAUAAUUAUACCAAUAAUCAUAACGAUAGUGAUGAAAAUACUGUUGUGUACGAACAAUUAAAUACAGUUAAUAAUGUUAGUAGUCGUGGUCGUGUACGUAAACUCACUGCCAGAGCCAGAGCGCUACUCAGGGAAUAAAUUUUUAUUAAAAAUAUUAUUCCGUUUUGUUUUGUUGUUUUUUUUUUUAAAACAUUCAUUAUAUUUAUAGGCCAGUCAAUAAGUGUGUGUUUUUUUUAACGUACAUACAACCGAUAACAACGAUGUAUAAUUUUAUCACACUGAGAAAUCAGCUUUGUUUACAUAUUUUUAUAAAUCGAUACAAGUAAACAAUUUUUGGGAGAAAAAGAAAGGUAUGAUGAAAAAAAUA